AUGUCGCAACCAACAUUAUACUAUUUUAACGGAAGAGGUAAUGGUGAAUACCCACGUCUUAUUUUAUCAUUUGCCAAUGUCCAAUUCAAUGACAAUCGUGUCAACGGUAUCGAUGAUGCUCUCAAGACACGUCUUCCAUUUGGUCAACUUCCAUUCUAUGAAGAUGAACAAGUACAAUUGGCUCAAUCAAAGUCUAUUGCCAGAUACGUUGCUCAAAAAUACAAGGUUGCUGGAAAGAAUGAAGUUGAAGUUGCUCUCUCUGAUGCCAUCGCCGAAAGCAUCUAUGAUCUCGUCAAUCCAUUUUUAGCUGCCAGAGGUGAUGCUGAAAAGACUGAAAAGUUCAAGACUGAAACAGCUCCAAGAUUCUUAAACAAUUGGGAAGCAUUACUCUUAAAGAAUGGUGGAAAGAACUUUGUUGGUGAAUCAUUUACAUAUGCUGAUGUUGCUGUAUUCCAUGCAUUGGAUUACUUCAAGUUUGCUGGUGUUGAUCUUCUUGGUGACGCCACCAAGUAUCCAACUCUUAACACCUUGACUAAAUCAGUCUCUGAAAUCCCAUCAUUAAAGGCUUAUUUGGACAAGAGACCAACCGAUUCAAAGUUCUAA